AUGGAGGCUCACCGCGGUAACGGCGCAUCGACGGCUGCAACGGAAACGGAAGCCGGACCAUCCAACACCGAUCAAUCCAAUAAUUCGCUAGACGACGCAGUCAGCAAGCUACUUCAAGGCUACGAUUGGACCUUGCUUCCGGUCACUUCUCGCGCAGGAGGACGAAGAAGCGCCCACGUGAAACGUCCGAUGAACGCGUUCAUGGUUUGGGCUCAAGCGGCAAGACGUAGGCUAGCGGAUCAGUAUCCUCAACUUCACAAUGCCGAGUUGUCGAAAACGCUCGGAAAACUCUGGAGGAUUCUAAGCGACGGUGAGAAGCAACCGUUCGUAGAGGAAGCUGAGAGGCUGAGGAACGCGCACAAAAAGCAGCAUCCGCAUUACAAGUAUCAACCGCGACGACGGAAACCAAAGUCGGAGGAACAGAUGGGUAUUGUGAUGCACCGGACUACCUUAUCCUCUCCGGGCACUUCUCUAGACUCGACUCCUCGUCUCUACCCGGAGAGACCGACCUACCACGAGAGCAAAACCAGCAGCUACGAUCUUUCGAGGUCCGCUUGGCCACCGACAGAUUCCAACAAAUACCCUCUCGAUCAUCUCUCGAUCGUAGACGGUGGUAAAUCGUACGAAUCGAACAUGACCAAGAGCUACGUCGACGUGAAAUAUCACGAGGUGGUAUCUACCGCCGCCAAGUAUCACGAACAGCCUGUUCCAAAGUAUUCCGAAUUGCAGACCAAGCCUUACGACCUACCCAAAUACCCCGACAGCCCCUUGAAAUAUCCCACGGUAACGGACGUUACCAACCCGGGCAAGACUUACGCCUGCCAGUAUUACUCUGCCCCCGAGGGAUAUACGGUGCACGAGGAGAACGAGUAUCAAACACAGCCUGUCUCCAGCCACUCUUUUUAUCCGUAUAUUUCCGCGUCUAUGACGCAACCACCUUAUUACAUGGGCCCUCGGUAAAUCGGUUUCGUACAUCUUCUUUAUUCCUUCCUGCGAUAAUAGAAAACUCGUCUGUCGGCCGAGUUCAACUGCUUUCUAAUCUUUUUCUUUCCUUUCCUAUUUAUUCAUACCAUUUACGAUUAAAUAAACAAAUAAAGCAGCUGUCUACUUCCAUCGAUAAACUCUCUACGUAUGUAUGUAUGUAUGUAUGUAUGUAUGUAUGUAUGUAUGUAUGUAUGUAUG